GCCUUUUGACCGAAAAAUGAUAUAUAUUUUCUCUUUUGUACGGAUCGAUUUUUCUGUUGCAACCAAAUCUUUCGGUGUAAAAAAUUCCAUCGGAUCUGGAAUGGUUGUGCGUUUCUGAGUUUUGAUUGCAAUCAUUUUGAUUUGAUAAAUUUUGAUUGUUGAAGUGUUUUUCUUGAAUUAAUUUGCGUAUCCAUCACCCGACGCUAUGAGGAAGAAGCUCGAUACCCGAUUCCCUGCGGCCCGAAUUAAAAAGAUAAUGCAAGCUGAUGAGGAUGUUGGGAAGAUUGCAAUGGCUGUUCCUGUUUUAGUCUCUAAAGCAUUGGAAUUAUUUUUGCAAGACCUUUGUGAUCGAACAUAUGACAUUACACUUCAGAGAGGAGCAAAGACUAUGAGUGCAUUGCAUUUAAAGCAUUGUGUACAAAGCUAUAAUGUGUUCGAUUUUCUGAGGGAUAUUGUCAGCAAGGUUCCCGACUAUGGUCAUUCUGAUGCUGCUGGUGAUGAUCGAUCCAUAUCAAAGAGAAGAAAAGCAACAGGUGAUGAAUGCAAUGAAAGUGAUGAGGAGUCAAAGAGGAGCAAGGUGAAUGAGAUGAGUCACGCCAGCAGCAGUGGCAGGGGGAGAGGAAGGGGUCGAGGAAGAGGCCGUGGACGAGGUGCCCGAGUGGCAGAGAGAGAGCCCUCUCGACAGGAGGCAGAGACUGAGCCUUGCACAUCUGUUCAGCAUGGCAGUAAGGACAAUCCAAAUCCUGGAAGGCAAAUGGAUGAUGGGACCAGGCCUAAAGAAUUACUGGAGGAGAAUGUGAUGGCGACUGAUGCUGCCAAUCCAGCAGUUCGAAAUUUUGAUUUGAAUGCUGAUGUGGGUGAUAAUGAGGGAGCAGCAGCUGCAGGAGGUGCUGGGAAUGCCUCAUCGGCAAUUCCUACAGAGGCUAAACCUGAAGAAUAUCCUGGUUGGUCAGUGUCUGACAUGAACAGAAUGGCCAUUGACCCCCUUCAGCUCGCACGCCUCAAUUCGAGGUUAGAUGAGGAAGAGGAGGAUUAUGACGAAGAGUAGCUAACCUAUGAAGUGAGGACUUGUCAGAGUUUGGUAGGGCCAAAUGCUCACCUCUUGAUGGAAUAGGUGGGUGAUAUAAUUGGGAUCAGGCUACUUUUGGACGCAUUUUGAAACAAAAGAAGGGGGGGAUGGGGCGUGGGUGGUGGUGGUGGUCGGUAGAAAACAAAAUCAAGAGGUAUGACCGCUAAAAUGGAUUGACUCGUUGGGAAUGAAAAUAUGCACGAGGCAUAUGUGCUCCAUGGGUGCCUUCUUUUCUUUUUCAAAAAUAACUUGCUGCCUUUUCAAGUUGCAUCAAUUGUAUGUUUGCCUUAAUAGCAAUCUCUAACAACAAUUAGAUUCAGGCGUAGAUUUGCCUUAGAAUUGGAGAAUUUUAGCGUGUGCACUGUAACCCUUUGAUUAAAGAAAUGUGAUCUUAUCAGUGGAGAUA